CUUGAUUAACCAAAACAGUGUUUUAACUUUGGACCGGGAGGGAUAAACUAGAACCAAAGACGACCUAUAUAAACACCGCCACUGCCCUAAUUUGAUGUGCAAUCGGUCAAGCACCUCAAAACCCUAUCCCCGUCUCUUCUCAGCGUCUGCUUCUCUCAGAUCUGUAGAGAACUUGAAACCUGAUAACAUGGCCCACAAGAGAAACGAAUUCGGAGAUGGCGCUAGCCCGGGAAAAAUCUUCAUCGGGGGUCUGGCAAAAGAUACAACCUUAGAUCAAUUUGUGAAGUACUUCGGGAAGUAUGGGGAAAUUACGGACUCAGUUAUUAUGAAAGAUCGCCAAACAGGAAGACCCAGAGGAUUUGGGUUCAUUACAUACGAAAAUCCUUCAGUAGUCGACACUGUUAUUGCUGAAACUCAUAUAAUCAAUGACAAACAAGUUGAGAUAAAGAGGACUAUUCCCAAAGGAUCCUCUGAAUCUAAGGAUUUCAAGACAAAGAAAAUCUUUGUUGGAGGAAUUCCUACUUCUAUGUCUGAAGAUGAGUUCAAGGAUUUCUUCUCCAAGUAUGGGAAAGUAACUGAACAUGAAAUCAUAAGAGACCAUGUGACAAAGAGAUCAAGAGGCUUUGGAUUUGUUGUAUUCGACAAUGAUCAAGUAGUUGACACAGUACUGGCUGAUGGAAAUAUGAUUGAUAUGAUGGGUACCCAGGUUGAGAUCAAGAAAGCAGAACCAAAGAAACCCUCAAACCCUGCACCUGCUCCUGCUUAUGGUAGUAACCCUAGGGGUCGUGGUUAUGGAGAUAGUUAUGGUGGGUUUGAUAAUUCCUAUCCAAGUUAUGGCAGUGGAGGUUUUGGCCCUGCCGCCCCUUAUAGGUCUUAUGGUGGAGGUCUCGGUGGUAGGUUUGGUGAUUAUCCUCCUAUUGGUGGUGGUGAAUUUGGGGCUCGCUAUGGUGAUUACGGUGCUAGUGAAUUUGGCGGGUAUCGGGGAGGAGAGCCCCCACUCAGCAGCUACUCGAGUCGCUUUGGCUCAUAUGGGAGUGGUGGCGGCGGUGGCUUUGGUGGUGGGGGUUAUGGUGGAGGUGGGCUAGGUGGGUAUGGACGUGGAGGUGGUUAUGGUGGGUACGGUGGGGCUGGUGGGGCAGGUGCAGGUGCAGGAUAUGAUUCUGGUCCUGGUGCCGGUUAUGGUGGACCAGCAGGCUUAUAUGGAAGUAGGGGAGGCUAUAGUGGUGGUGGGCGUUAUCAUCCAUAUGCCAGGUAGAUGGGUCCUAUUAAUAAGGCAAGUCUUCACCAUAGGAGAGUUCCCAUUCAGGUUAUUGCAUCUUGUGCCCCCAGGUUGAGAUUAGAUAUUCAGAGCACUAAGCAAGGAUAUGCCGAAACAUUGGAAGAACGAACCAUUAGUUUGUUUCAAUCUACUUGUGUCUUAGAUCAUUCUCAUGUUGUUAGUGUUGUUUUGUCAAUUAGUUAGAUGUUUCUUAUGUUAUGAAGGAAGCACGAGUCGUUUAGAACUCACUAAGAGACUUUUUACUGUAUUUCUAAGGUGGAUUUGAUAGACAUAAGUACUUUCUAUGAAGCUUUUGUGACUUUAUUUAGCUACUAUAUAAGCAGUGUUUGUAAGAUUAGUGAUCCUGAUUUUCAGCACAGAAUUAGGCCAUUAGAUGUCUCCACAAGUAAUUUUUUUUUAGUGUUAUAUAUAUACGUAGUAUGUAUCAGCUAGCUGAUCACCAAAUACUUCAGUGCCAAUUCUUUAAACUUGAAUUAGGGGGCUUACAAGUGGGACAUCUAUGUUUUGGAUUAGGACUAUUACCUAGUAGAAAUGUCAUCUAUAGCUAUUACUCUUUCGAUCCCAAAAUAAUGAGUAGUAACAUAUUUUGUCUUUAGGCUUUGUGCUAUUCCAAAAUGAAGUUUAUUUUCCCUUUCUUUCAAAUAAUUCUAUACACCCUUCAUAGAUUAUCCUUCCUUUUACUUGAAAGUUGAAACCUACAACUUUGUCAUUUAAGUAUUUCUGUAUUCCAUACCAUUUUCUUGAUCUAUGAGCUCAAGGUUUCACCAUUUAGUAAUAAGUAGUAGGCGACCAGUAUAAUCUAUUGCGUUAUAAUUUGUAAUUAUUGCAUAGUUUUAGGUGUUUUGCUUUUGCCACAUUGAGCUGAUGCUAUCAGCCUUCACUCCACAUCAAUUUCCCCGUUCUCUAAUCUUUUCUGGUUGCAGGGUUGCUCAAUACAGCUGAUUAAGAUUCAUGUUGUCUUCAGCCCUAACCCCCACACCCCCCUCCCGAUACUUUUUUGUUGAAGAUGUAUUUUCAAAUUUCAAUAGUGAUUUCUUAUUUAUGUAAUUUUCAAAAUAUUUAAUACUUGUGAAACUGUUUUCAAAAUAUUGUAUGAUAUUGCCGUAAUUUAAUUUCAUACUGCUCGUGUUGUGGUUCUUUG